AUAAGAACACCUGUAUGACAGUCCUUACUGACACAUUGCAGAGAGGGUCAACAAAUCUGUUUCACUCUUGAAAUCAUGGCUUACUGGUUUCUGUAUGGACUACUUUUCCUGUUAUCCUGUGAUGCUUCCUUGCAAAGAAAAAAGACACCUGUUCAGUCUCUUGCCAGAGGAUGGGGAGAUGAAAUCAGAUGGGUGCAGACAUAUGAAGAGGGACUGUCAAAAAUGGAGGAGAGUAACAAGCCUCUGAUGGUCAUUCACCACUUAGAAGACUGUCCCCACAGUCAAGCACUCAGGAAGGUUUUUGCUGAGAACAAAGAUAUUCAAAGGCUGACCAAAGAAUUCAUCAUGCUCAAUUUAGUGCAUGAAACAGGUGAUGACAAUCUGGCUCCUGAUGGCUAUUACGUUCCUAGAAUUCUCUUUAUUGAUCCCUCUAAGACUGUACGUGGUGACAUCACUGGCAAGUAUGCCAACCACAUGUACACCUAUGAGCCUACGGAUAUGGACGUCUUGAUGGAGAACAUGAUAAAAGCCAAGAUACUGCUUCAUUCGGAGCUGUAGCAAGAACAGCGCCAGCCUCUGCAGACACUGGUCAGCCACUCACUCACGUGGCCAAAAUGUCUCAGGAAUGUGCAUUGGAACAGUUGGGUAGACAGACACACCACUGAUAAAUCACAUGAAAAAAAGCAAAUUUCUUUUGUUUAAAUGUACACUUUGUGAAUACUUGUGUUUUAUGUUUAAAUAAGAAAUGUAUCUUUCUAUCACCCAGAACUAGUCUGCCAAAUAAAGUCUGUUCCAAAUAUAAAAGGGAAAAAAAGUAUCAAAACAUACGUCAAAUGCGUUGCUCUUUCGGUUUGACAUGAAUACAUGGUGAGUAC